AUGGCAGUCACACAAGGAAACAAUAUCCUCUGCACCAUGAAGGCCCAAAUUAUCCACGCGUUUGACACGCCCUACAGAUUCGAAGAUAUUCCUGCACCGAAUCCGCCACAAAAAUUUGAACUCCUCAUUCAGGUCGGCGCAGCUAGUUAUUGCCAUACAGAUACGAUAUUUGCAUCGGGGAGAUUUGGCGGCAAUCUACCCAUGGUGAGCUCUCAUGAGUUCGCUGGUACAAUUGUCGCUCUUGGACCCGAUGUUUCUCAAUUCAACAACACCAACAAGGGUAACAUGGCUAAUCUCGAGAUCGGAACUAGGGUUGGUGUAGCUCCUCGUCCUUUCAAUCCUUGUGGUAAAUGCUGGGAAUGUCAUAACGCCCCAGAGGAUCAGAAGAGUGCUGGUGAUGGGACAAAAUUCUCACUGCGCUGCCCUCAGGCCUCUACGCUGGGGAUAAAUGUCCAUGGAGGGUUUGCUGAAUACGCGAUUGUGGAUUGUCGACAAGUGGUGACCUUACCGGAUAGUAUUUCAUUUGUCGACGCUGCACCCUUGAUGUGUGCCGGUUACACGAUUUUCUCUGCUUUCAAAAAAGGAGACUUUAAACCAGGUUCCCGGAUAGGGAUUGUGGGCUGCGGUGGGGGUCUCGGACACGUAGGAUUGCAAUUCGGUGUUUCUUUGGGCUAUCAGAUGGUAGGCAUUGAAGUUCAAGAUGGCCCUUUACAGUUGGCAAAGGAUCUCGGGACUGGUGCGAAGAUUUUUGAUGCAAGGAUAUCCCAACCUGACGACGUCAUCGAUGCGAUUGACGGUGGAGUAGUGAAAGAUCCACAUGAGCGCGGUGUUGAUGCAGUUAUGAUAUUACCCGAGACUCAGAAAGCUCUGGAUUACGGAAUGAAGAUCCUACGUUAUCGCGGCACUUGCAUGAUGAUUUCAACUCCAGCAGAAGGAUUCCAUGUGUCGUCACACGAUGUGGUUCUUCGUGAUAUCAAGAUUAUCGGUGUCUUACCUGGACGGAGGGCUUGGCUGCAAGAGAUGUUCGAGGUUGUUGCAGAGAAAGGGAUAAGGCCUGUUUCCAAGAAGUAUGCUUUAUCUCAAGUCAAUGAGCUUGUUAAGGAUUGUGAGAAAGGUCAAGGUGUAGAAGUUGGCAUUAUCUCAAUGUUGAAUUUGAGUCUCUCACGCAUUCCAAUCCCAAUAUGCGUUGAUGCUCUCGGCCUGCGGCGUCCCCUCAUCACGUCGUCGAACCCAAAAUGUGUUGUUCAACCAUCCACUAAAGCAAGGCGGCGCGGACUGCUUACUCUUGCCAUUGAAAGCUCAUGCGAUGACACCUCCGUCGCAAUCGUCGAAAAAGAUUCCUUCCAUAAAAGCUUCGAGACCCCUAGGCACACCGGACAUGCAGCUGCAGAAGUUCAUUUUCUCGAGAACAUAACAGCGGAUACACGGAAAUAUAGAGGAAUUCACCCGAUUGAAGCGCUACAAUCUCACCAAGAAAAUCUCGCAAAGCUCGUCCAAAAAGCAGUACGGUCACUACCACCGGUCGCGGAAGACUACUCACCCGAAGAUGGUGCAGUGAUAUCACAUAUAAUUCCAAAGAACAAGAACGGAAAAUCUACACGACACCGCCUCCCUAACUUCAUUUCUGUGACAAGAGGCCCCGGCAUGCGAUCCAAUCUCUCGGUCGGGCUAGACACGGCGAAAGGGCUAGCAGUGGCCUGGCAGAUACCUCUCGUGGGAGUACAUCAUAUGCAAGCGCAUCUCUUGACGCCUCGGCUUGUCUCUGCUCUUAAUAGAUCUGUGCUGACCGAUGAUUUGCAACCUAAUUUUCCAUUUCUUUCUAUACUGGUUUCCGGUGGUCAUUCCAUGCUUGUUCAUUCAAAGUCUCUACUUGAGCACGAAAUAUUGGCUACGACAGCUGAUAUCGCUAUCGGUGAAACUCUUGACAAGUCGGCGCGGCUUAUACUUCCGGAGUCUGUAUUGGAGUCGGCAAACACAACCAUGUAUGGCAAACUACUGGAAAAGUUUGCAUUCCCCGGAGGACCAGCUGAUUACGCCGACUACCAGGCGUUGAAGACCCGAGGGGAGGAAGUUGUGAAACGCGAUAAUGAUACUUGGGGAUGGUCGUUUACCACUCCGUACGCUAACACAAGGGAUUUGAAAUUUAGUUUUUCAAGUGUUUCAAGUACCGUAAGUAGGAUCAUGGCAAACAAGGAGAAAGCAGAUGUUCGGGUGACACGAGAUGAAAGAGUUGCCCUUGCACGAGAGUCUAUGCGUGUUUGCUUUGAGCAUCUAGCCUCUAGAACCCUUAUCGCUCUAGAGCUAUUGCGCAAGCAAUUGCGCAAGCAAUAUAAUACCAGUGGUAGUGGCCAGGAAAUCGAUACCUUGGUGGUCAGCGGCGGAGUCGCUGCUAAUCAAUUCCUCAUGACUGUCCUGCGAGCUUUCCUGGAUGUGCGUGGGUUCUCACACAUUAAGGUUAUUGCUCCGCCUCCGUACCUAUGUACUGAUAAUGCGGCGAUGAUUGGCUGGGCGGGAAUCGAGAUGUUCGAAGCAGGCUAUUCGACGGAUCUGAGCUGCAGAGCAAUUCGAAAGUGGACUUUGGAUCCCAGUGCAGGAGAUGGCGGUAUUCUAGGACCAGAAGGGUGGAUCAAACGAAACAAACCCGGCCCUUAGGAUUUCAUUGAUUUAGAAGCGUGUAUAAUAGUAGUGAUACCCUUGUAGAAUCUAGAGCUGUAGUAUACUACCGAAUGAUACCCCACCGGAGUGCACUUUUUGCAAUAAAAGUAAGACUGGUCUAUAACGCGCUUGUACACCUUUUCCAUCCUCCAUGCUAUGCAUAAUGAUACGAAAACUCAAGGACAUCCCACUGCCCAACAUGAUAUAGCAAGAUCCAACGGAAGAAAUAGG